GAAGCUCGUUCAACAUGGCCGACGAAUCAGAAGGUUAUGCGCUGAAAAAGAAGAGGAAAGAAACCAUUCCUGGUGUUGUUUACAUAAGUCGAUUACCUCCAUUCAUGAAACCGGCUAAAAUAAGAAACAUAUUUUCACAAUUUGGAGAAGUAGGAAGACUAUUCUUGCAGCCAGAAGAUGCCGCUGUCAGGAAAAAGAGAAAGAAAUAUGGUGGAAGCGGAAGAAAAUUAUUUACAGAAGGAUGGAUAGAGUUCAAAGACAAACGGAUUGCCAAGGCUGUAGCCUUGAGCUUGAAUAACACAACUAUUGGGGGAAAGAAAGGAGGAUAUUACCAUGAUGAUAUAUGGAAUAUAAAAUAUCUUCCAAAAUUUCUUUGGGGGCAUUUGAGUGAAAAAAUAGCAUAUGAGAAAGCUACAAAAGAACAAAGAAUGAGAACAGAGAUAUCCCAGGCUAAAAAGGAAGCCAAUUUUUAUGUACAAAAUGUAGAGAAAGGAAAAGCCAUAGAUGCAAUGGAAACUCGAAAAAGAAAGAGAGCUGAUCAGAAACCUGUAGAGAAAAGGUUGAGAACUUUUAAGCAGCAUCAAGUUGUUGAAGAUCAGAAAAUGGCACAGAUCAACCCAGGGAAAUCCACCAACAAAGUCGAAGGGAAGUCACUCAGUAAAGAUCUAUUGAGGAAGGUUUUCACUUCAGCCAGUGGGAGGUGAUUAUCUAAUAUGCAGCUCUGGAUAGUAUUGGUUAUACCGUCACCAACGUACCAGUAGUGUUUAAGGUGAAAUUCGUCCUGGUUGAUUUCUAUUUAAUCUCCGCUACAGUACAAGAACACCAGUAGUGAUACGUCGCAAACCGUGAGCACGCAAACCGUGAUACGUCGCAAACCGUGAGAUCCGCCGAAGCCCGUCGUACUCGCUGUUUAUUUCAUGUCACCGUUACACGCGGCUGAAAGAUUUUCAAGACUUCCAUGAUUUGUGACAAGCCGACAAAAGGCCUGUUGAUAUCGCCAUACGUGUCCACCUUUGUUUGGUUCAUUAGCCAUAGCUUCCACUAAUGAAUCAAUCAAAUGGUGAUCAUCGAUUAGGCUCUAACUUUAGAUCGCCAAUAACAGUACACCUUGGAAGUGGAAACGGAACGUUCUUUUUGCAGCCAAGAAAUUUAACGUUGAUAAAAAUUGUCCUGAUUAUACUUGCUAAUUCUUUGGGCCAGCUCAUAGAUCCGCGAAUUUGUAUUCUUGUAACCUAGUGGUAGGUCUCUAAAUCUUGAGAAUUAUGUAACUAUUUUACACUGCUUCUUGCCCGCGGAAGAUCUUCAAACAAUUUACGUCAUAAAUUAUCACAGAUUCGCUCACAAAAUGUUUUCAAGUUUUAUCCCGUUCUUAGCCUCAAAGAGUUUGUGCUGUUGUUUGGAUCAACUUUGACAACAAUGCAGUUACUCUCUAUGAAGUUAUUUUGUUUAAGGAGGCCCAAACCGGCAAUCUUUCGCUUAUUUUCCGUCGUACCAGUUUUGCGAUUUACAUAUUAUGUGUCCCUAUACAUGACUUACCUACCUUUACAGACUGCUCGGUGAAAAACCGAGCGAACCACGCUUGUGGGAGGUUUUGCGCUCAACUUAAGGUUGUAGCAAAGAUGGCUGCGGGCCCAUAUAUGUGAUCACGGGUAUCCGAGUUACCAUGGGCGAGCUGACUUUUCACCUAUUUCUGUGAAAAAUUAAACCAACCGAUACAUUAAAAUGGCGAACUCGUGUCGGGGCAAGUAGUCUAGUCUCGGCAGGUUGGCUAGCCCUGAAAUAACCUGAAAUUGCUUCCGGAGCCCGUGUGUUUUAGAUCAGCGGAGAGACUGAUGAGGGAACAGCUGUUUCAACUCAAAAAUCCUUCUAAACGUCCCAUAAAAUUUGGUAAAGUGUUCAUGACCUGAGAGAUGUAGUUGACGGAAGGAUUUCCUUGCCCUUCCAUAUUCCUUACCCAGUGGGUUUUUCGAACUAGAGUAGAAGCUACAUCCUUAGCCCAGCCGCAAGUACAACGCAGAAAGAACUGAAAUGAUUCAAAGAGUUGAAUACCCUGGGCCCGGCCUUGGACUACAACUGCUUAACCUACUCUUCUACUCAGGUGUACUUCUUAACGAGGCAAAACAAAUCAUGGCAGUGGUCUUGAUAUUUUGGUUCGACAAAAGAAGUUGAGUUCUCACCUACCACAAGGCCUGUCCUGAUUGUGCCCGUAAAGUUGCUCACUGGAUUGCCAGAAGUUUAUAAAAAAUUGCCCAAAAAAUAAAAAAGUUGCUACCUAAAUUUCUAGAUGUUUUCAUGUAAACGUUAAUUAAAAGCUUUAUUUUUCAUCCUCCACAAUGCAAUAAUUGCUGACGUCGGUCAGGUAGAAUAGCUCGAAAGUUAGCUAUACAGUUUUGCUCACAAAUAAGGGAGAAGUUAGGGAUACUCUCAACUCUAACGGAGCAAAAAGAUUAUCAAAAGUUGCCUAACGCAAUCGGGACAGGCCUACCUGCCACCUGUUCUAUCUAUAAACAUGCCCACCUGGAUCGAACUUUAUCUGGCAAGCACGUGCGCGGUGAAGGUUAAUCAGAGUCAGUUCUCAAGGUGAACCAACUUAAUCAUCAAGACAAUUGCAAAACUGCGUGAAUCAACAAAUUAAUAAGAAUUUCCCUUCACAAAAGAAGAAUGGAUUUACUCACUCUCGAUAACGGAAGACUGAAUAAGUAGUUCGGAUUGUGUCAGAAUAGCGAAUGAAUUUGUUGUCAGCAAUUGCUGAUAUUCACCACUUCAAGGAAACAAACUGAAUUUUCGAAUCAAGACAGUUGGCACGUUUCGUGCCGCUGGAAGGUUAACCAGCUUUAGUAAUUAAUCUAAAAGCCCUUAGGAGAGCUUUAGAGAUAACCCAAUUUUAUCAUUUGGAUAAUUUUAAUUGGUAUCAUUCGAAUUUCUGCGUCAGUCGAAUAAAGUGAAAUGUGAA